AUGCUCACUCCGGCACAGUCUCUAAUUAUAAUUGCAUUCGCUUCAACAGCCCAAGGUUUCUGCGGCUCUAGCAUCCGUUGGGCACAUCAGUUGAACAUAGAAGACGCGUAUGGAAUAUGGUACGGAGUAGGUUAUGCACAACAUACCCCAGAUAUGACUAACAAGCCUAAUGAAGUAGGCUGCGUCACACUGUACAUAUCGGAUGCUAGUGUUGAAGGUCAAGAUGAUUGGCUCGACUGGUCGAUAAUGAAAAGAAAUUAUUCAAACGAAAACUGGCGAUCGCAUAAAAAUAAUCCGUGGUCGGAAACCCGAAUGGCCGGAUCUUGGUUGGAUGUUCGUCUCAAGAGAAAUGUCAAAAGGGAUAUCUAUAACGAGCGUCGUUUACGGAUCAUUUGGGAUGAAGAUGGACAAACUAUGGAACAGGUAUACGUGUACUCACCUGAAUCACCUGGGCUUUGGGUUGUUGAGCAGAAACAACCUUUAGAAACAUUAUUACAAUCCAGAGGUGUAGACGUUUGGUUUCCAGAGGAAACUCCGAGACAUCCUGAAGUGAUACGAGUGCUAAAAGUAAAUCCGCAUAUGAUGAUAAUAAACCAUUGCUCAGAUAAAGGUGGUGGUGGUAUAUUCUCAUUGAUACUUCGCCGGUCACCGUAUAAAAUGGAGAGAUGGGAAUGGUACGAUUUACAACGGCAAUUCUUCAGAUUCGAAUUACCGAACAUGUACAGAUAUUCAGCAAUAUGUGCUGCUUGUGUUCAAAUGAGUUCUUUAUUUUAUAUUAUAUUCUCUAUAGCUGUGUUAAUAUUAAUAUAAUUUUAUC